AGAACUUUGUUAGAACUUUUCGUUUUCCACUGUACUCAUCCCAUGUGGACUACCACAAAGCUCCAUUUUAGGUCGUCUGAGCUCUGUUUUUAAAAGACAUCUCCUAUGACUAUGAUGUUAUGUAUCUGUACCUUCCAUUGACACUUGGUGAUCUACAUGUAUGCUUUGGCCCUGCAGUCUUCAGCAGUACCACUCUAUUAUUGGCUGUAGAGGUUUUUGUCUUUACCUAAUUGUAACUGCAUAAUUGUUCCUGUUUUGUCUUUACCAUUCAAAGUUUUUUUCACAUGUCAGGACUGUUUUCUUUAUUUACUUGGAGCUUUUGUAGCAGUGUUGUAACACUUUGGUGGAUAAACUGUCAGGAGCUUGUGUGUGUGCCUUCAGCCUGGAGAAGAUCAUCAGUGAAUCACAGCAGGUUGAAGCCGAGCCUUGCGGGUCCCUCUUAACCGACGACCUCGAUGUAAAGAGAAGCAGCGAAAAAAAGAUUCAGAAAUUGGAGGAGGAAUGCACCAUGGUGAAGGAACAAAAUAAGAAACUCACAGCAGAGCUCAACAACCUCCAGCAAGCGAGAGAGCGGGACAAGAUCAGCUUGAGCAAGUUAAAGGUUGCGCUUCAAACCCUCGAGAAAAACCUGGAGAUAAAGCACUUGGAGGGAACAGUAGAAGAGUGUUCCGUCAUCAUUAAGGAUCUCAGGCUGACAAAUCAGGAGCUGAGGAUGCAGCUGGAGGACAGACACGAUGAGGCCUCACUUUCUGCUUUUAAUGACCUGAUGGAAGAAAAGGAAGGAUCACUCAGUCCCCCGCUGUCCUUUGCAGAUGAAAUGAAGCUGCUGGCCUCUUCAGAUGAAAUGAAAACCAGCACAUCAGACUCCAAACAUCUAGGACAUGAGGAACCUGAGGCUGAGGAGAUCCUGGAACCUCAAAGUCUAACAGUUGACCUUCAGACCAAAAGGUGCGCAGGUGUCUUGGAGACAGCCAUCCAGAGAGCAGGACUAUUUACGAUGUGCAUCUUCUUCCUCGUUGUUCUGGCCUUUGUGGCUUCAGGAAGCAGUGUAGGAAACUGUGAUUUGUUUUCCAUCAACACCCUGUGGACCGGUGCACGUGUGAUGUUGCAGCCCUACUGCAGCGUGCACUAUGGUGCCUUGCCUCCUAUUUGA